CUGGUCCCGUUAUGUGCCUGUUAACUGAGUGCGGGAGCCCGAAACACCGUCCAGGGAUGAGACGAAGGAGAAAACAAGACUCCGUUCACCCGAAAACUGUAAUGAAAUUCACAUGCAGGACUUUGGAAAUGUUUUUGACCCCGAAGUGGUGGAUUUUUAUCGUUUGCAUGGCAGGUGUCCUCCCUUCAUGUUGCUCAGGGGUUCAUGUGUUUGUGAGAGAUGAGAAGAGGUAUGCUGUGCUGUUCCAGUCCGUGGUUCUGCCAUGUCAGUACACAAGCGUGUCCACCCAGACUCCUGUGGUGCAGUGGAUCUACAAGUCAUACUGUCGUGACCGCACACGGGAUUCGUUCAGUCUCACUGACACCUUGACUGGAGGCCCAGGAGGAGGUGGCCUGACGGUUGGAACCGGAGGAGCCAGUGGAGGGUACAAGGCUCCGAUGACAUCGAGGACAUCGAGCUACCUCGACUGCUCUGACAGCAGCCGCACGGUUCGAACUGUGGCCUCCAUCUCUGGUUCCUCUAUCACACUGUCAGAGUACUACAAGAACAGAGACAUCUCCAUCAUCAACAAGGCAGAUCUGCGAAUUGGAGAGGUCCGGUGGGGAGAUAGUGGAGUUUACAUCUGUAAGGUUAUUAUAUCUGAUGAUCUAGAGGGACAGACCGAAGCCCCUGUGGAGCUGCUUGUCCUAGGUUUCUCAGGCGUGACUGAAGAUCUGCUGCCAGACUUUGAUUUGAGGAUUAUGCCAGAGUGGGCGUUUGUGGCCGCAGUGGCGCUAGGCAGUGUAUUAUUUCUACUGCUGGUUGGGGUUUGUUGGUGUCAGUGUUGUCCUCACUCCUGCUGCUGCUACGUCAGCUGUUGGUGCUGCCCCGACACAUGCUGCUGCCCCAGACACUUGUAUGAGGCAGGUAAGGGUAUAAAGACGGGUACCUCCACCCCUCAGACACCUGCCUACCCUCCAUACUUUGUUUCUGGUGUCCCGACCAUGGUCCCCAUCACUCCCCCAUCUCUGGUGGACAAGAUGUCAUCAGUCCCCACCUCAAAUGGAAGCUUACUCACAGCAGUGCCGAUGCAUGCUGUGGGGGUUCCGUACCGUGUGCCUUCACCUCAGGAUCAGGACUCUCUCAGGGUGCUACAGUAUGUAGAGAAACAACUGGCACACUUCAACCCUGCCAGGUCCACCGGCCACCAGUCCUGUAGUGCGUCCGAGCUGAGUUCUCUCCACGAGGGGGAAACUGCUUUCCGCCAAACAUACCGAAAUGUCCAGAAGAAAGCACUGCCCACCAUCCCCGACCACAAUCAUCAGCCUGAACCCCAGCGCUACCGUGACAACCGCAGCCCAGAGCCGCAGCGUUACUAUGAUAGUCCCUCUUCGCCCCAGCGUUAUCAUGACAACCCCGACUUAGAGUCCCGGCGAUGCCUGGAUGAGCCUCUUCCUCCACGACGAUACAGCGAUGACCCACCAUCCUCCUCACAGUCACGCAGACCAGGCCAUAAGCAACAGCAACACAACCAUGGUGAAGAGGACAGCCAUAACAGGUGGAACCCUCGUUCAGAACAUUUGCAGAGAAAGAUGUACCGUACUGCAGGACGAACUGGCUCACUGGACGAGCUGGAGGAGUUUGCUGCAACUUAUAAGCAGAAAGGAGGCAGAGGGGCUGAGAAGAGGAAAGAAGAAUGGGGAGACUAUGAGAUGGAGCUUCUGGAGUUCAGUCGAUAUCCUUCCUACCGCAAUGGUCCACCUCAGCAUUAUCACAAUGAAACUGAGCUUGUAGACAACUGUGAGGAUUACCCCACACGGAAUAAGAAAAACAGACAUGACAUAAGCCCACUUCCUUCACCCAAAAAACGAAGAGGGACCUGGGAUGGGAAGCACCCUGUCCCACCUCCUCCUCGUGUCAAUCCACCAUCAACUUCGUCUCAAGGGAAGGACUAUGAUAGCACGUUCCUGAGCAGCCUACUGGAGCGUAAGGCCAAGUUGCGAGGGGUCAGCCAGGGACGAAGCGGGACUCGGGGUGCGGAAGAUUCUGACACACCCUCAAAGGGCAGCUUAAAAAAGAGCAGUGGGGAGUCUAGUCGGCUCUGCAGCCGUUCACCUAGUAACAGGCCUGAGGCAGAUUCACUUCCUCUUUACUCAGACACAGAGCGAAGCAGAACUAACAGGACGUCUCCACGGCCACUGCCAGCAAACACUAGCUCCCCUCAACCUCCUGCCCAUUCGCUGCACAGUCACAGAGAAGAACCCAGAGACAAGUCGCGGAAAGUGAACACCCUUCUCACCAGAGAUUCACUCAUCGUUUGAGUGAAAGCCUAUAAAACAUUAUAAUAACUGCAUGUCAGCUGAUUAAGGAAUGAUAGAGUUGACUUUCAGUGUGGAUUCUCAAAAAAUAUGCCAUACACAAGUGAAUUGUGAGAAACGCAACGAAAGCUGAAUCAGUACGGAUGAAUGAAUGAAGAAAUGGACAACAGGCACUGUUAUUGCUGGGAGCAUAGCUGAGGCUUUCUGCCCGUGAUGUCACUGAGUGAAGAAGUCAUCACCACUCAAUCUUGGUCACCGGCUGCCUCAUAUACUACAUACGUCAGCUGGACUAACAUGGGACCAACAUGGGCUGAGUGUAUGACCUGGACUGUCCCUCCUAACAGGACACUGUUAGUCUCCUGCCGUCCCUUGAGAAAAGACUUUACGCCUCCAGCACAAUGAGGGCAUUCAUUUUCAUUUGGUGAGAUAUGUGUAUGUAAAAAGGCACGGUGGUGGAACAAAACGUAUAUGACAACACCAUUAUUGUAAAGGUCAUACUGUAGCUUCAGUUGUAUGACAGUACACACAGUGUGUCAUUCAACAACACAAUCAGGGACUAAAGUACCUGGUUCCGAAGGAGUUUACAAAGGAAAAGUUAACUACAGCUGGACAGAGUAACCAACAUUACCAAAUGAUGAUGAUAUGAUGUGUUCCUACAUUGGGGUGGGCAAAAUAAUGUGAACACCCCAUGGAAAAGGAUCGUAACUCUUAACGUAUCAAGCAAUAUGUUCAUGGAAACAAUGGCUCAAAUGACUUUGUAUAAUAUGAAAGAUGCUGCUUGUAGUGCAGUUCUUAGUUCUAAUGAGCUCAUUGUUUUUGUUUUGGUCAGUCUCAUAGCUCUGGUCAUUGAUCUGCUACAACAUACAGCUGAUUCCAGGGGAAAAAGCUCUAAUAAAUCCAGUGUGCAGCCUGUUCAGCACCAAAGAGCAGACACACACAGUUUGGGACUUGCUGGUGAACCUAGUGGAGCAUUUAGCAACUAAUAAUGGUAAAAGGAGAUGGACUGUACUUAUAUAGGGCUUUUCUACCUUACCUGGACAAAGCGCUUUACAGAUUCACCCACUGUGAAGCUGCCAUGCAAGGCGCUGGCCUGGCUACUGGGUACAACUUGGAGUUCAGUGUCAUGCUCAAGGACACUUUGUCAUGUGGACUGGGAAGACCAGGAAUUGAACUGCCAACCCUGCUAUCAGAGGUCGACCCACUCUUCCCCUGAAGCACGGCUGCUCAUGAAUCAACUAUAUCACUCAAACAGAAUUCAAAGUAGAGCAAUGGUCUGACUUGAAUUCAUCAAGUGGACAGAAACACAACUCCAAAUGAAUGCUAAUGUUAUUCUGUGGUCUGUUGUGCUGAUGUGUAAAUACGCUUUUGCCAUAAUACAUCUAUAUGGUGAUAAUAUGUCAAUGUGGUUACAGCUUGCUCUGCCACACCCGCUGUUUUUAGUGAAUGCACAUGAGCUCAGUAAUACAAGGUUCAAUAUCAUGUAGUGUCAUUUUUCAGUUAGAAAAGAAGUCUGGCAGUGGAUAGAAUUUGAAAAUUGAAUUCAUAUUUUAGUGGGAGUCAUUUUGAAAAUCAUGAAAACUAAUAUUCCCAAGCAAGAUGCUAAACGUGCACAAGACACUAAAUCUUGUUCUGCCAAAUGGCCAGUGACCCAAUAUGACCCACAUUUGUUGCAGCAGUGAUUCAGUUUGUAUUCAUGAACAUGUAACAUUCUUUUGUCUGUACAUGGCAGUGGAGCUGUUCAUCUUGUUUUAAAACAUGGUAGAGUUUGCACAAAGCAACUGUUUUCUCCUAAGAGACUAAAACCUGAUAAAACUGUAUUUAUUGCAAGUGUUUAAGGUUUAAAAGAUGUUUGUACUACAGUAUGAAGAGAUCGUUUAUAUGUAGACUCAACCUAUUGUGUGUGAGGUGUGAUAUAAUCGUUGUAAUUUGUAAAUGAUUGUGUUUGUCUAAGCACUUCAGUGUGAGUGUAUACAUAAGAAGGGCCUUUUCUUAUCACUGCUGAGUCAACAGCUUUGUGUGUUAUCUAACAGCCACACACUUACACAAAACACACAUUAACAUACUGAUCUCUGAACAUCAUUAUCAGUCAUACUAUGUAUUUUGUUCUAACAAACCAGUAUUUGAUUAUUCCUGCCUUCAUGUUGGGCAGGCUUGUGUGGAGAAAAGACUGAUGUUAGUUUUUAGUUUUUUGCUACUGUGUUUUCUGCCUCUGGUACUGACAACUGUGAUUGUGUGUGUGUGGUGGUGGUGGUGGGGGGUGACUCUUUACUUUUCUGCAAAGGAGACAGUGCGUAAUUGAGUAUGACUCAUGUCUUUGUUCAUUGUUGUAAGCACAGACUGCCUGUCUUUAGUCUUUAGUACACAGCUGUGUCAAAACUCAGAUAUCAGUCCCUCCAGCUCAACCACAGAAAUUUGCUCUGUUUCAUCAUCCAUGUUACAAAAUUCUUACAACACUUUAGUCCAUUAAAUAGCUAAAGUGUCUAUUUAAUAAUAUACCAAGAGACAGGAUGGCAAACAUAACAUAGACAUUUAUACCAGCAGUGUUUAUCUUCACAUCUUCACAAAUAAAUCUAGCAGAAAUAUGAACCCCAGGUUUUAUUUGAGCUUAUUUGUCUUUGUUUAUAGUCAGCAUUAACUACCAAAGUUUAAGAAAUGAUGAUGUACAUGUAGUAGUGGAUCAGUGGCUGAUAACAGUUGCACUUAACUUGUAUAAUUAUAUUUCAUGCUAUUUUAUACUUCGUCAUAUUUCAGAGGUAUAUAUUAU